AUGGAUAGUUCAUACUGCAUUAUUGUUUUAUUCCUAAUAUCACCAUUAAAUUGUCACGAAGAGAAUAUAACAGAUAUUUUCGACAUAAGAGACGACUAUAAUACGCCAAAAAGAUGCGUCGCAAUUGUAUUGUUCUCUCUACUUCUGUUGUACGGUAUUGUUGGCAAUAUACUGUUGAUGGCAGUAUUCUGUAAUCGCGAAAAUGUGUACAAUCGUCCAUUCAUCUUUAUCACACUCCAAAUUACUAUUUGCAGCUUUUUGAAUUUUUUUACACAAAUAGUCAUCGUCAUACCUGGAAUAUUAGAGAACAAAACUUCUGAUUCAUACAAGUCAGUAUUAAUCCAGAGAAUAUUUGCUUCCAUGAAUACAUUUUCAUUUUUUGGUGCGUUGCAUUUUACAUUUCUAUUGACGGUUAAUCGCUUUGUGGCCAUAUGUUUACCGAAAUACAAUGAUUUCUUCGAAUCACUGAAGUUCUACUUUCUCCUUAUUUGCGUGUGGUUUUCAGCUCUCGGGCUAACGGUCGCAGAACUUCAUUAUUGCAUUAAAACUUUCAAUGUUUCAAAUUUGGAAUGGUCCUUGAAUUGUACCAAAAAAAUUCCAGAAAGUGCGCCAGUGCAUAUGGCGAUUCGUUAUGUAUGGACGCUUGGAUUACCCAUAGCGAUGUUUGCGAUGUACAUUGCAAUAUUCUACAACAUUCGGAACACGCGGAAAAACGCUUUGAAGUUCUGCAAAGAGAGCGGACGUACGGCAAACAUAACGCCUAAAUAUGAGCGGUUGAUGUUAAUUCAAUCAGCAAUCGUUUGUGGAGCAUUUGAAAUUGAGAUUAUUUGUUUCAACUUCUUAUUGGAUAUUGCAGUGGAAUUAGCAGGAAAAGAAGCUGAAAUACCUGUCAAUAUUUUCAUCAAUUGCUAUGUAAUUUUCAACGGUGCAGUGCUGCCCACUGUCAAUUUCAUUUUCAUUAAACGACUUCGUAGCAGUGUGAGACAAAGAAGUGCAGAAUUGUUAUCUAGAAUUAAGACCAAAAAAAGAGCGACUAUCGCUUCAGCUAUAGCAGCUGCGUAG